CGCAUGAACUCACGCAAACACAGAGGGAGGAAGAACCUCGAGCAGAGAGAGAGAGAGCGGGAACAGAGGGAGAGAGAUGAGGAACGUGGACGUCGAGAGCAACAGUAGCACGGGAAGUCACCGCCCUCUCCAUAAGGGCGAAAGGGGCGGUGGCUACGCCUUCUACUACACGAACGGGUCGGAAAGGGAGAGGAAGUGGACGUCGUGGCUGAUUCCCGUGAUCGUUGUCGUCAACAUCGCAGUGUUCAUCGUGGUUAUGCUUAUUAACAACUGCCCCAAGAAGCAUCACAAGAAUGGCGGCUGCGUCGCCUCCUUCCUUGGUCCGUUCUCGUUCCAGCCGCUCAGGGAGAACCCCCUCCUCGGACCAUCCUCCUCGACGUUGUUGAAACUAGGAGCUCUUGAUUGGAAUAAAGUGGUCCAUCAGCACCAAGGGUGGAGGCUUUGCAGUUGUAUCUGGUUGCAUGCUGGUCUCAUCCAUUUGAUUGCAAAUAUGUUGAGCCUUCUUUUCAUUGGUAUCCGCCUAGAACAGCAAUUUGGCUUCAUCAGGAUAGGCAUCAUCUAUUUAUUGUCUGGAUUUGGAGGCAGUGUCCUAUCUUCCCUCUUCAGUCAAGGAUAUAUCUCUGUGGGUGCUUCUGGUGCUGUAUUUGGGCUUCUUGGAGCAAUGCUUUCUGAGCUAAUUACCAACUGGACUAUUUAUUCAAACAAGGCUGCAGCACUAGUUACACUGAUGGUGAUAAUUGCUAUCAACCUUGUUGUCGGGAUAGUGCCACAUGUUGAUAAUUUUGCUCACAUUGGAGGGUUUUUAACUGGGCUUCUCCUAGGUUUUAUUUUGCUGGUCCGUCCUCAAUAUGGUUGGCUAGUACAGCGAAGUCCCCCUCCAAUGCAAAAUGCCAGCUCCGUCAAGUCUAAAUAUAUGGUAUACCAGUACAUAUUAAUGGUGAUCUCACUGGCUCUGUUGGUAACCGGAUUCGUGAUUGGUCUGGUGAUGCUUUUUCGUGGGAAGAAGGGGAAUGACAACUGCCACUGGUGUCGUUAUCUGAGCUGUGUUCCAACAUCAAGUUGGGAUUGUGGAAGUUGAGUACAUUUGAAGAUGUAUUACGUUUGGGGAAACGUUCAGUUAUGCGGUUUUCCCAGAUUGUCUCUGCUGUGAUGAAAUCGUGGGGAUUCCUAUGGAGUGUUGUGAUCGGCUUGGUUUGCCUUGUAUAGAAACAUCAUGUUUUCUUCUACUGUGGGUUGUAUAGAGUUCUCCUGUCUGUAAUGUACGUAUUGCAUUUGCCUAAAUACACACGAAGCUUUUCUGUUC